CUGCUGCUCGGGCUUCUCACACUUGGACUGUCUGUGUGCAUGGAAGAGCUCAAGUGUACAUCGCUGGCCAGAGCAGCCCAGCCGGAGCUGGCCAAGAGUGGGGAUCUUCUUAUUGGAGGAGUUUUCACCUUAUAUUCUGACUAUGCAGGCAAAGUGUACACCUUUCAAAACUUUCCAGAGGACCAUAAAUGUAAAAAUUUAAAUUUCAGAGAAUUCCAAUUUGCAGAGACAAUGAUCUUUGCAGCUGAAGAAAUUAAUAAAAACCCUGGAAUUCUCCCAAACCACACCAUUGGAUACAUAAUCUACAAUGCGUGUGGCUACACCAACAUACUCAAAUCUGCAACUGCACUAGUGACUGGACCAGAGGAAAUAGACAACAGCAAUAACUGCACCAAAACCAAAAGGGUCCAAGCCAUAAUAGGGCAUUCAGGAUCAACUCCUACUAUCGGACUUGCGAGGAUGUUGGGAAAAUUCCAAAUACCAGUGAUCAGCCACUUUGCCACGUGUGCAUGUCUGAGUGACAGAAAAGAGUUUCCCACCUUCUUCAGGACCAUUCCCAGUGACUACUACCAGAGCAGAGCACUGGCCCAGCUGGUUAAACACUUUGGGUGGACCUGGGUUGGCGCUGUCAGCAGUGACAAUGACUAUGGAAUUAGCGGCAUGGCUACAUUCCUGCAGGUAGCUCAACAAGAGGGUGUGUGUGUAGAAUAUUACGAGGCCUUUGACAGUACAGGUCCAUACCACAUGCUUCUCAGGGUUGUCCACGUCAUAAAGCAUUCCACCUCCAAAGUCAUUGUGGCCUUCAUGACACACCGGGAGGUCAAAAUGCUGGUGGAAGAGCUGCAAAGGCAAAAAAUCACAGGCCUGCAGUGGAUUGGCAGCGAUGCAUGGAUCACAGACAACUCCAUCACUGCCAGCGGGGCCCACAAGGCUCUCGUCGGGGCCAUUGGAUUUGUUGUCAGCAAGACACAGAUCGAGGGCCUGCAGAACUUCCUACAGCAGCUCCAUCCAUCCCACUUUCCUCAGAGCUCAUUCAUCGGGGAAUUCUGGGAAACGGUGUUCAACUGCACUUUGUCCCCACAGAGCUUGAGCACCUCAGUGAGACCAUGUAGCGGAUUUGAGCAUUUGGAAAGCGUGCAGAACGAGUUCACAGAUGUGUCAGAGCUGCGAUUCACCUACAAUGUGUACAAAGCAGUGUAUGCUGUGGCCCACGCGCUCCACAACCUCUACACCUUUGGACAUAGCAGUGGCCUUGCCACCAACAGCACACCGCAGCCGUGGCAGGUAUUACACUCCCUGCAAACAGUGAAUUUCACCCUGAAAACAGGAGAGAAGGUGUUUUUUGACAGCAAUGGGGAUUCUCCAGCCAGAUAUGAUUUAAUCAAUCUACAAAAUGUGAAAGGAAGCACCUUAAAGGUGGCCACAAUCGGUUACUACGACGCAUCAUUACCCAAGGGUCAGCAGUUCAUCAUGAGUGAUGUCAACAUCGUGUGGCGAGGAGGAAGCAGGGAGGUGCCCAAGUCAAUGUGCAGUGAGAGCUGUCCCCCAGGCACUCGUAAGGCUGUGCAGAAAGGAAAGCCUGUCUGCUGCUUCGACUGUGUGCCCUGUGCUGAGGGGGAGAUCAGUAAUGCCACAGAUUUACUAGACUGCGUGAAGUGCCAGUCUGAAUACUGGUCCAAUGAGAAGAGGGAUGCCUGCAUUUUAAAAGAAACUGAAUUCUUGUCCUAUGGAGACCUGAUGGGCCUGUUGCUCGCUCUACUUUCAUUAACUGGAGCUUGUCUUACCAUGGCAGUAGUGCUCAUAUUUUACUGUUAUAGAAGUACACCAAUAGUCAGAGCCAACAACACAGAGCUGAGCUUCCUGCUGCUCUUCUCGCUCACCCUCUGUUUCCUUUGCUCUCUCACUUUCAUCGGCCGGCCCUCUCAGUGGUCCUGCAUGCUGCGUCACACAGCGUUCGGGGUCACCUUUGUCCUCUGCAUCUCUUGUGUUCUGGGCAAAACGAUAGUGGUGUUGAUGGCCUUCAGGGCUACACUGCCAGGCAGCAAUGUCAUGAAAUGGUUUGGACCUCCACAGCAGAGACUCAGUGUUCUUGCAUUCACUCUCAUUCAGGUCCUCAUUUGUGUGCUCUGGUUAACACUAUCCCCUCCUUUCCCCAACAAGAAUAUGAAGUACUACAAAGACAAGGUCAUUCUCGAGUGUGACGUGGGCUCAGCCGUGGGCUUCUGGGCUGUGUUGGGCUACAUUGGCCUCCUCUCUCUCAUGUGCUUUGUACUGGCUUUCCUGGCCAGGAAGCUGCCCGACAACUUCAACGAAGCCAAAUUCAUCACAUUCAGCAUGCUCAUAUUCUGUGCGGUGUGGAUCACCUUUAUCCCGGCCUAUGUCAGCUCACCGGGCAAGUUCACUGUAGCUGUUGAGAUCUUUGCCAUUUUAGCUUCAAGUUUUGGUUUGUUAUUCUGUAAUUUCAUACCAAAAUGUUACAUCAUAUUAUUUACACCAGAAAAGAACACCAAGAAGCACUUAAUGGGAAAAAUCCCCAAUUAUAAUAAAUAA